GCCCACAGCAGGCGUGGUGUUCAUCCCAGGUCGACCGGUCGCUCGCGCUGCCCUGAAACUCUAGUCGCCAGAGAGGCGGCAUGGGUUUCCGGAAGUUCUCCCCCUUCCUGGCUCUCAGUAUCUUGGUCCUGUACCAGGCGGGCGGCCUCCAGGCGGCGCCAUUCAGGUCUGCCCUGGAGAGCAGCGCAGACCCGGCCACCCUCAGUAAAGAGGACGCGCGCCUCCUGCUGGCUGCACUGGUGCAGGACUAUGUGCAGAUGAAGGCCAGUGAGCUGAAGCAGGAGCAGGAGACACAGGGCUCCAGCUCCACUGCCCAGAAGAGAGCCUGCAACACUGCCACCUGUGUGACUCAUCGGCUGGCAGGCUUGCUGAGCAGAUCAGGGGGCAUGGUGAAGAGCAACUUCGUGCCCACCAAUGUGGGUUCCAAAGCCUUUGGCAGGCGCCGCAGGGACCUUCAAGCCUGAGCAGAUGAGUGACUCCAGGAGGAAGGUUAUCAUGAAACUGAACUAACUAUUUCUAUUAAUUUCUGUUGGCAACAACUUGGUGAGAAUGCCCCAUGGAAGAUAUACAUGUUUGCAUCCUAAGAUACUGAAAAAAGGCACCUUUGUCACUUGAAAGGAAUGAAACUGAAUGCAAAAUAAGCUAAUUCCAUAUUUGCUGUGCAUCAUUUUUAUAUUUAGUUCUAUGUCCAGUAAAAGUGAUGGCGUCUCUCAUUGACUUAUCUGGUAGCAAACUGGUUCUUUCAGAGCCAUCCUGUUGAUCAUGCAGCUCCGCCAAACCUUAGGGGGACAUGAAAUCACUGCCUGUUGUGGUCUCCGAGGACACAUGGUAAUGGUGAUGCUGUGCCUUGUUAUCUAAGAACAUGAUUGUAUAAUUUGUUUAAGAAAAUGUCAAUAUUGUGCCAUUUGUGAACUUCAUCAAGAUUAAAAGCAUAUUUUGGGUACAUUUGUUUCAAAACCUUGGUGAUGCAUUACAACUUGUUUUCCUAUGUAAUAAUAAUGAUGAUGAUGAUGAUGAUAAUAAAUAUUUUUGAGUGCU